GUGUUCUCGCCGGUGCUCUCGUGAUUCGGUAACCGGGGGAAGAUGGCGGACCCGGCGGAGUGCACCAUUAAAGUCAUGUGCCGUUUCAGGCCUUUGAACAGCUCGGAGGUGACGAGAGGGGACAAAUACGUCCCCAAAUUUCAAGGCGAGGACAACGUCGUUGUCGGGGGUAAGCCGUAUGUCUUUGACAGAGUUUUCCAGUCAAACACAUCUCAGGAGCAAGUGUACAAUGCCUGUGCUCAAGAAAUCGUCAAAGAUGUGCUUGGUGGAUAUAAUGGAACCAUUUUUGCUUAUGGCCAGACAUCCUCAGGCAAAACACACACAAUGGAGGGAAAUCUCCAUGACACCGAUUCAAUGGGAAUUAUUCCCAGAAUAGUGCAGGACAUCUUUAACUACAUUUACUCUAUGGAUGAAAAUCUGGAGUUCCACAUUAAAGUGUCAUAUUUCGAGAUUUAUCUAGAUAAGAUUCGAGAUCUGUUGGAUGUUUCGAAGACUAAUUUAUCUGUACAUGAAGAUAAAAACAGGGUUCCUUAUGUCAAGGGUUGCACAGAGCGAUUUGUUUGCAGUCCAGAGGAAGUUAUGGACACUAUUGAUGAGGGCAAAUCCAACAGACAUGUAGCAGUAACAAAUAUGAAUGAACACAGCUCCAGGAGUCACAGUAUCUUCCUGAUCAAUGUGAAGCAGGAAAACACACAGACAGAACAGAAGCUCAGUGGGAAGCUCUUCCUGGUCGAUCUGGCAGGUAGUGAGAAGGUCAGUAAAACUGGAGCUGAAGGCGCUGUACUGGAUGAAGCCAAAAACAUCAAUAAGUCUCUAUCAUCACUGGGCAACGUGAUAUCUGCCUUAGCCGAGGGCUCGACGUACGUUCCAUACAGAGACAGUAAGAUGACGAGGAUCUUGCAGGAUUCUCUUGGGGGAAACUGCAGGACCACUAUCGUCAUCUGCUGUUCUCCCUCCUCAUACAAUGAAGCUGAGACCAAAACCACUCUCAUGUUUGGACAGCGAGCGAAGACUAUCAAGAACACAGUGUGUGUGAAUGUUGAACUGACAGCAGAGCAAUGGAAGAAGAAAUAUGAAAGAGAGAAGGAGAGAAAUAAAAGUCUCAGAAACACCAUCACAUGGCUAGAGAAUGAACUCAACCGCUGGAGAAACGGUGAGACUGUACCUGCUGAGGAACAAUACGAUAAGGAGAAGGUGAAUGCUGAAGUGUUGGCGAUGGAUAACACAAUUAAUAAUGAUAAAUUUGCAUCCACACCAAGCAUGCCGCCCAUGCCAGGGAUGCUUGGGGCCCAACUCAGCGAUGCAGAGAAGGCAAAAUGUGAGGUUGAACUUGCCAAAAUGUACAAGCAGCUGGACGACAAGGAUGAAGAGAUUAAUCAGCAGUCUCAACUGGUGGAGAAGCUCAAACAGCAGAUGCUGGACCAGGAGGAGCUGCUGGCCUCAUCACGUCGAGACCAUGAUAACCUCCAGGCAGAACUGACUCGUCUCCAGAUGGAGAAUGAGGCGUCUAAAGAGGAGGUGAAGGAGGUGCUGCAGGCUCUGGAGGAACUUGCUGUCAACUACGAUCAAAAAAGUCAAGAGGUGGAGGACAAGACCAAGGAGUUUGAAGCCAUCAGUGAAGAACUUAGCCAGAAAUCUAGUACCUUGGCAUCUAUAGACUCAGAGCUGCAGAAACUGAAGGAAAUGGCCAAUCACCAGAAGAAAAGGGUGACUGAGAUGAUGUCAUCACUGCUGAAGGACCUGACGGAGAUUGGUAUAGCUGUGGGCAACAAUGACAUCAAGCAGCAUGAGGGCAGUGGUUUUAUAGAUGAAGAGUUCACUGUGGCAAGACUCUAUAUCAGUAAGAUGAAGUCAGAAGUGAAAACGAUGGUUAAACGCUGCAAGCAGCUGGAAAACACACAGUCCGAGAGCAACAGGAAGAUGGAUGAAAAUGAGAAGGAGCUUGCAGCAUGCCAAUUACGUAUCUCUCAGCAUGAAGCGAAAAUUAAAUCUCUGACAGAGUAUCUGCAGAACGUAGAGCAGAAGAAGAGACUGCUGGAAGAGGACGUGGACUCACUCAAUGAGGAACUGGUCAAAAUCAGUGCACAGGAGAAGGUUCAUUCAAUGGAGAAGGAAAGUGAGAUUCAGAGUGCCAAUGAGGUCAAGGAGGCGGUUGAGCAGCAGAUACAGAGUCACAGAGAAGCUCAUCAGAAACAGAUCAGCAGCCUGAGAGAUGAGCUGGAAGCCAAGGAAAAACUCAUCACUGAUCUACAGGAUAUGAAUCAGAAGAUCAUGUUGGAGCAGGAGCGUUUAAGAGUGGAACAUGAGAAACUCAAAUCCACUGACCAGGACAAGAGCCGCAAACUACAUGAGCUCACUAUGAUGCAGGACCGCAGGGAACAGGCCAGACAGGAUUUGAAAGGCUUGGAAGAGACUGUGGCCAAGGAGCUUCAGACUCUGCACAACCUCAGGAAAUUGUUUGUUCAGGAUCUGGCAACUCGUGUUAAAAAGAGUGCAGAGAUGGACUCUGAUGAAACUGGUGGCAGUGCUGCUCAAAAGCAGAAGAUCUCUUUUCUGGAGAACAAUCUAGAACAGCUCACGAAGGUUCAUAAACAGCUGGUGCGUGAUAACGCCGACCUGCGCUGUGAGCUUCCUAAACUGGAGAAACGCCUUCGUGCAACGGCGGAGCGUGUGAAGGCUCUGGAGUCGGCACUUAGAGAGGCCAAAGAGAACUCGGCCCGUGACCGCAAACGCUACCAGCUGGAGGUGGACCGCAUCAAAGAGGCUGUGAGAGCCAAAAACAUGGCCCGCAGAGGACACUCCGCACAGAUAGCUAAACCCAUCAGGCCUGGACAGCAGCCUGUAGCUUCUCCCACUCACCCUAACGUGCUACGCGGGGGGGGCGGUAUUCACCUCCAGAACAGCCAACCAAUGCCCAUCAGAGGAGGUGGAGCUAAGCAGGAGAAGAGCUGAAGAAGCGUUUUUAUCCCUCAUUACCAAUGAUGCAGAAUGCAAGAAAUCUUCAUGGAAACCUGUCAUUCCAUUAACAUAAUCCCUCCUGCUGGUGCACAUAGGAGGACUUCUGAAUUUAAACAUUCAUGGCUGUACAGUCCCACUCCCCAUCUGUCACGUCUCCCUUCUAAAGCAAAUUAUUUUAUGAAUAUUGCACUCUCUCUCUCACACACACACACACACAUGCACACCAAUUGUAAUUUAAAGAAAUCAAGAAAUAAACUUAAGCAAUGUGAAUAAUAGACACAGCCCAGAACCCUGUGCAAUUAAAUCAAUCACAAGGUGUCACUUUUCUGACCUUCUGUGCAUCUGCUUCUUAUUAAGAUAAUACACCUCAGCUUAGUUUAUCUUAAGAGAAAAUGGACGAGGACAAACUGCUUUCUGCAUUUCUCCAACCAGUAACCUUCCCAAGCUCCGUUAAAACUACUGCCUGAUAUCUGUACACCAUGCACACUGCAAAAAAAAAAAAAAAAAUUAAUAGAGAAUAUCUGACUGUGUUUAUCAAAUGCAUUGCCUCACUACAGCUCAAAUACUACUAUAUGAAGCACUCUAAACAGGUUCAAACGUCAGGGAUUAAAUCCGUAUAGGACUAUGAAUGUCAUUCAGAUUUGUAACCUGGUUUUUACUUUGUGUAAUAACUAAUGGAUCUCUGAAGGGGAAGGUAAAGUGGAUUCUAGACAUGAGUAACCCAAUCUCACACAGUAGACUAAUCCUGUAAGAAUUGCGUAAAUUAAAUGUAUGGUUCAAAAUGCUAAUGUUUUCUUUACAAACAAAAAAAUUUUUGAAGGUUGUCUUGUCCGGCUCUUCACACACGUAUUACAGUCUCACAUAAUAAAAUCCUUUAAGGAGUCAUUAAUAUUUAUAUAUUUUUUAGAUUCCUGGUGUAGUGUUUAGUGUCCUGUCUACCAGUAUCUCUCGUUGUUCAGUUUAAUAUCUCACUUGCCUGGUCUCCAUUCUGAAUGGAGGUGUAUGUGUAACUGGAGUCACUUGACAACUGCAGAAGACAUCAUGUGAAUCACUGCUUCACCUCUGUUACUGAUCAGCCAAUCAGUUAAGCAGAACGUUUGGUGUAGGCUGGCUUGGAAUUUUUUCCUGAUGACUGCAUUUGUCAAUAUAUUUGUCUGAUAUCUAUCCUUUUAAACGUUACCUGAAUUUAAGUGUGUGGAGAGGUAACUUUGACUACAUGAGGGCAAUGAAACCAGAAUGGUCUUUUCUGGACUCUUAAUUUUCGGAUUAGCACUUCAUAUUCUUCAAACUAGCAUUAAGAUUUUUUUGUUUAGAUAUUUACACUCCUGGUAUUGUAAAAAACAAAGAAGAAUAAAAAAAGCGUAUGACUUCAAUUACAGGACAUGACAACCUUCUGCGUUAUUUUCAAAUGUAUUGCUUUUUGGAUGUUUUAUAACUUUAAGCAAAUUCACAAGGACCAUUCAAUAUACUGUUGUGAUAUUAGCCCAAAAUUCUUCCCUUUUCUGUGCAUGAAGUAUAAUAAAUUACGUUCUUGGGGAAUGCCACACAUUCAUUGAAAACCCUAAAAUAAAUAGAUUGUUUUUUUUAUUCUAUUUUUUCUUUUCUUUUCUUUUUAUUACUGUGUAAUUGUAACUCCAUGACUGAUUGAAAGAGUUCCACCAAAGGACAAAGGUACUGGAUCAUUCCAAGUAAACAGAGGUGUUCUUGGAAGAUUGUGGUUGAAGGAAAUAAGUGAGAGGGAACAAAUUUACUGGUAAUACUUUGUCUGGAUGAACUGCAUGACGUGUGUGAUUAAAUCAUUUAUUCUGAAA